CGGUCCAUUCCAUUCGAGAAGGCUCAUUUCCGGAGGUUACCUGAACGCACCUCGUGAACAUUAAAGUGUUGAGUGUCGCGACUGACAGCGUGAAUAAAGUGAAAGAAACACGACAAGAAGGAACGACGAGAGGGGAAAUUCGACAAGAUUACUGAACUAUUUCCUGUUGCCGGAGCAGUUUUUGUUUUUUAAAAAGCUGCUUGUAAAUGUAGCUUGUCCCGGACACAGCGGCCACACGAACAACAGGAACGCCACAGAAAUGCAGAAUGGGAAGAGCCGCCUGCAGCAGCGCCAGGAGGAGGCGGAGGAAGUGAAGGACAUCAUGCUCAACAAUCUGAACAAGGUGGAUGAGCGAGCGGUCAAACUGGGCGACCUGGAGAGCCGAGCGGAUGAGCUGCUGGAAAAGAGUAAAGCCUUUGAAAAGAAAUCCAACCAAGUGAAAGAAACCCAACGGUGGAAGAAUAAGAAGACGAAAAUUGCCCUAAUUGCAGCUGGAGUUGUAGUGCUCCUCGUCAUACUUGGAGUGGUCAUCUUUGCUAUUGCGACAUAGCACACUCCUGCAUGGACCCGAGGUGAAACAUUGGAGCUGGACAAGCUGAAAAAAGUCCACGAAAGGGGAAGUCCGUGCUAUUUUUUUGUUUGUCGUAUAAAUGAGACUGUUGGUGUCACUCUUUGGAAAGUUCACAUGGUACCAUCGAUAGUUGCUGCUUGUCAUGUACACAACGUUGUUGCUCCCAGCCCACACUGACAACACAAACAUGAAGUCUGUCCAAACUGAGAUAGAAUUUAGGGUGUCAAGCUUUAUCUGGCUUUUUUUUUGGUUUUGUUUUAUAAAUCUAAAGAGAUUAGUAACUAGCAAGUGACUCUUCAAACUUACAUUUUUGACACAAACCGGUAUCGGAGUGUGUGUCUGUUAUCCUGUUUUCAUGAAUGCUUCUUUGGGAGAAACAGCAACAGUUUAAUGAAGUGUCCACAGCCAAUUGUGCAGCAACGUCCAAACACAGAAAUAUAUACUCAUAAGAUCACAUAAACACUGCAUAUUGUCAUUAUCAUACAUUCAAAUGUUAUACAAUAAUUAGAAUGAGCAAGUAGAUAAAUACCUGAUAAAUUAUUUAAAUUAAAUUGUUACUAUUAUUAAUAAUUAAAUUAAAUCUACAGAGUUAAAAAAAAAAAAAAGUUAUAUUUUGUGAACAAUUUGAAAAGUUGAAUGAAAAGCAGAACUAAUAUGGAUUACUAUCAUUUGCAAUCUGUUGUUGUCUUGUUAAAAAUGUUUAAGUA